AUGAAUUCAAAAUUAUUUAUCUUUACAAUUUUGGUUUUUGUUAUUCUGACUAAAUUGUCUACUCAUUCGGCUCCCGUAUUCCAGAAAAGUGACACCACCGAAGUUAGAUUACAUCAACUUGAAGUUGCCAGAUUUGCCUUGACCUCUAAUAGAAUUCUCAAAACCUGGUACGAUUAUUGUGGAGG